CACAAGUGCUGUAAUAAUCACAGAUUCCGAUGAAUGAAAAUGAUAAGAAGUUAUCUCUGCCUCCUCUUCGCAUGUCUGAGCUUCAAGACUUACUUCGAUAAUCGAAUGAGUAGCAUAAAAAGGAUGUCAUAUAUAGCUACAGAGACACGAAGAAGAAAAGACAAAAAGAAAUUGCUGAUUUAGAGAAAUAUAAGACCAUCGAAAGAAAAGGUUCUAUUUAUAAUGAAAUUUAGUAUUCAACUCCCAAAAUAAAUUGUAAGGGAGACCCUUUGGAAAGGAUUUGGAUAUAUUUUUAUGCAAGGAACCUUUGAUUGAUGAUUUCCUAAAACGCCAUAUUAUUGCUCCUCAAAGAAAUCUCGAAAAAGGUCUUAAAGACAGUAAUUUAGAUACUAUUCUUUAGUAAAGACUGGAAGGAAUUAGUUUUUGGAUGGGAGAUGCUUUGGAGAGGUUCCUGAAAGCAAACUAAGUCAAAAGGAGAAGCAAUUCAAAGAGUAUUGGAAGGAGUACAAUAAGCAACUUUCGGAAUAAAGAUACAAAAUGUUAUUAGAUUCUUAAACUGGUCUGUAGAAGAAAAUCAAUUAAUAAAAAAGACUAAAAGCUUUGAAAAUAUUUGUGCCAAAUAAGUAUUCACUUGGAUAUUUUGAUGAUCAUCCAUCUUAAAUUUUGAGUUUUACGUAUUUAUUACAUUUAUGGUAGGGAGAUGCACAAGCACUCAUAACCUCAAAUUUGGAGUCCAAAUAGUUUCUAUGGUGAUUCAUUCGAAGAAAAUCUAAAGUAAUUCUAAUCAAAAAGUAAUUUCAAACUCAGUAACACUAUCUUAAAAGAUCAAAGUAAAUCCUCCAUAAAAGUAGAUUGA